UAUAACCGGAAGUAAACUCAUGUGGUUAUCAUAGGGUAGUUAUGUACCUUAAGUUCAGUCGUAUCCUGUGAAAUUGAAAUAUAGGGGGACUCAAAGGAUCUUUAUAUCAAGAAAAUCACCGUUCUGAGAAAAGGACUGCCAAAUGAGUUUCUCAUUUCUGAAAAUCUCUGCACUUCUGCAGAAGUACCGAACGCCGGUGUUGCUCGUGAGCUGCGGGGGAGUUUUCACAGCCAACAUUUUCUAUCAUGUUUUUCCAAAUGGGACAUAUAGGAAGCUGUAUCAGGCCUGGAGCAAAGGAGAACCUGCCAGCCUGUCUGAGAAACUGGAGAACACAUUUCAAGCGGUGUUAAAUGAUUGUGGCGUCGGCUCGUCCGAAAACUUCAGUGCCUUUGCCUCCUACGGUUUUCACCCACUUGGUGCUGGCAUUCCCUGGCUACCUUCUGGUGCCCAAGUGGGCAUACCAGCCAAUUUCAACAGCACUCCAGACGACCUAUCUGGCAUCACCAAUCGCACUAUACUCAUAAACGGUAAGGAGGUGGAGUGGGACAGUGAUGUUGGCAGAAGCCUGAAAGAGUCCCUUGUGUUCUCCUCCGAGGCACAGAGGUUUGCCAUCGCACGGGAAGUGCUCCGGUUGGAAUCGGCUGGACCGGUGGUGCAUGCCGCGGUAGGGCCGGCCUGCCUGGUCGGGAUUUGUGUCAACAGCGUGGUGCUUAAGCAUAUCUUUGGACUCCAUGCGGGUCCCAUUCUGGCCAGGGGGCUGGUCAAUUUAGUUGUGGUUGGUUUUGGCGCCGCGUUCUACCUGUUGGCGACGGACGAAGUUAGCCAGUGGAUGGACUACAGGUCAGAUCGGCGCGCAGCCAGCCUCUCCCCUCAGUACACCAAAGGAGGAGUGGAGUUCUACGACAAGAUCAUCUCCCGCAAUAAGACUCUACGGGAGCUGAUGGGAGAGCGAGGGAAGGAGAUCUACGCAGCGAGCGGAAAUCUCUUCCCAUCCAAGAUGUUCAGUCUGAAGCACGCGCCGUACACUGCACGAAGGGAAGGAGUCGCAAACCUUUUAAAGGAACAAAAACUGUAGAGGAAAAAACUCGCCCCGCUCAAACGUGAAGUGUGUAACUUAUUAUUGAAAUUAUUAGCAUUACUGUGUUAUGCUGGUGAUUUUCUGCAUAUAUGAGAGUUCUGUGUAGAACAUGACGUUAUGUUGAAACAUGGAAAAAAAAUCUACAGCAAUUGGCAGGACUCAGCUAUCGUUAGUGUUGGGAAAGAUUUGGUAGAUCUGCCCUUUUUGGGAGUAUGUAUUUUAUAACAAUACUGAUAAGGCAUGAGACGGCUCCUUUGUGUGUCACAGUUGUUCUUGUGAUCUGAGUUGUUACACCAAAUGGGUUUUUAAAAAUUCCCCUUCAACGACAAUAAAGUUUUUAAGCAACUAAA